GAGAGGAGAGUGUCUGAGGAAUCAUCUGAUGGGAUGUUUAUCUGUCGCUAACAGGAUGCACGGCAGCCCGAGAGAAGCAGUGGUUCAUUCGUCAGCUGCCCCGGCUCAGUGCGGUCAAACCCAGCGGUUGUCCCCGGGUCCUUGUGUCGCUGCUCGCCCCUUCACUGCUCUGACAUUGUGGAAUUCAUUAGCAGCUAGCCGCUAGCCCUCGAGCAGCGCUAACUCGCUAGCAGGCAGCUAGCAGGUUUCUGUGGACCCCUCGCAACAACGGACAGAUACAAACAACCAAGAGUGCCCGUCCUGACCGGCUAUGGAGUGGUGUUGGCUUCAGACUGGAUGACAGGGUCUACAGGGAGGACAGGGUCACACAGUUUCUAAAGCAGCAGCGGGCUUCUCUUGGACGUACACUGACUGGCAGUGACAGCCCAUACAGUCGACCUCCUUUGCCGCCUUCUCUCUGGAAAUACUUUUCCUCCCCUUUAUCCUCCACCUCCCCUCCCCUUCCCUUCUUAUUCUCCCUCCUCAGCCGUCUUUCCCUUUCCUCCCUCCUAAUUUCUGUUAUACUUCGACCUUUUACUCAACCCCUCUUCCUUCUUCUUUGAGUUUGUGUGACUUUUGACCUGCUGCCGGCUCCAUUAUGAGCUGGCUGAGCAGGUUGAACCCGCGGGGCUCUGGGACUCGGUCUGGCCGGAGCGCCGCCCCCUCCAGCCCCUGCACCGCAGACCCAGAGACCUGCCUCAUGGUGUUUGAGAACCACUGGAGACAGCUCUCUUGGGUGCUGGAGCAGCAUGAGCCUUCAUCGUCCAGCGACGACCUGACAGCAGUGAGGAAUCACACAGACCAGAUGUUGUGUCUGCUGGCAGAGGAGAGGCCUGCUGAGAGCACAGAGGGCGGCCCCUGUGUGCCACCCAUGGGCCCCAUACUGGAGCUCGUGGUCACUGAGAAUAUUCUGGAGUGCCUGGUUCAGUGGCACCUCCGCCGCGGCUUGGAUCUAGACAGCCAGGGGGCGCUGCUCAAGCUCUUUGAGAUGCUCAUUGGCCAGUCCCAGCAGCCUCUACUACAACACACAGCCGUUCUCCACCCCUUGCUGAGGCUGAUGGGAGCUUGUGCUGACCCAGAUCUUGGUUGUCCCCCAGUGCUGGAGAACAGCCUGGUGCUUCUGCUCAACCAGGUGUGCGUGACCAUGGCCCGGCAACCAGUGGUUCUAGAGAUGUUGUUCCGUGCAGCACCAGCCCAGCAGGGCUCCACCAACCUGCUGAUCUUCUCCCUCCUCGUGCCAUUCAUCCACCGCGACGGAGCGAUCGGACAGCAGGCCAGAGACGCGCUGUUGCUGGUCAUGGCGGCAUCUGCAAGCCACGAGGCCGUGGCGCGCUACAUCGCAGAGAACUCCUAUUUCUGCCCUGUGUUAGCAACAGGCCUCAGCGCUCUCUACUCCUCUCUGCCAAGAAAAAUUGAGGUUCGUGGAGACGACUGGCAUGCCCUGCGGCGGGAGGACUGGAUCGGUGUGUCGUCACUCGUGCUGUUCAUGAACUCCCUGGAGUUCUGCAACGCUGUGGUGCAAGUCGCUCACCCCCUGGUCCGCUCCCAGCUCCUGGACUACCUCCACAAUGGCUUCCUUGUACCUGUCAUGGGCCCCGCCCUUCAUAAGUCGUCGGUGGAUGAGAUGAUUGCCAGCACCGCCUACCUGGACCUAUUCCUGCGUAGUGUGACAGAGACUUCCCUCCUGAAAACCUUCCUGCGCUUCAUCCUGGUGCAUUGCCACGACAACGACACCAUCCUGGACACAUUGCUCACACGCAUCAGCAGCAAUUCAAGGCUGUGCAUGGUUUCACUGAGCCUCUUCAGGACUCUGCUCUCUCUGCACUGUGAAGACAUCAUGCUGCAGCUUGUUCUCAGGUAUCUACUGCCCUGUACCCAUGUCAUGCUGAGUCAGCGUCGGGCCAUCAGAGAGACAGACAUUUAUGGAAAGUCAGCAGACAAGUUCUUGUCACUGAUCCCCGAGUGCUGUCGGCUGGAUGCAGCGCCGUCUGCUGAGCGGGACGAAGACAAUGCCUUCUGGGGAAAAGUGGUGAAUAGUCCAAGUACAGAGUCUCCUGCUCCACCCAGACCCAGCACCCCAUCCCGCUUAGCCUUCUUCAUCCGCCAACAGAGCAGUGGAGGAGGAUCAGGGGGAGGGGGUCCCUCUACGCCCACCAGCAUGGAGCCGCUGCAAUCGGGUCCUGCCAGCUCUCACCCUUUAUCACCUGACAGCCCAAUGCACCAGCUGCAGACACAUACAGAGUGUCUUGACUGGGACUCGGGUUACCUGGAGUACCUCAAAGACGCCCGACGAGGCAUCGAGCUCUGUUCCUGGGCCUGCCGAGACUGGUCAGCACCCUAUGAUGGAGAAAACCCCUCCCCAAUCACAGCCCCUCCACCCCCACCUCCCCCUACCUCCAACCCCUCCAUGGUCAUGUUGCCAGAGCACUUCUCUUUUCAUCAGGGAGGAAGCACUAACACCCCUCCCGUCCAGCAGAGGGCAGCCAUUGUGGCUGCCGCACGGUCUGAGUGGAGCAGUUCGGAGCGGGACAGCGGAGAGUGGGACAUUACGAUCGGCAAAAACAGCUGCAUCAGCCUCACGCCGCGCUCCAAGAAACGCAGCCUGCAGAGGGAGGAGCUGUUUUCAAAACCUGUACCUCCUCUCGUCCCGUCUUCCUCGUCUUCAGCCACCUCUCUAACAACUUCCCAUGCCACCAAGUCUCCAGCUCCUCACAUUCCCACCUCAGCUAUCACUGUUAGCUACCAGGCCAUGUAUAACGGAACAAUGGGACAGGGGGACGGCUGCUCAGACAGUCGAGAUAGAGGUCUGGAGGUAAAGAAAGUGAAGAGGGAUUUAGGGGAGCAAGAGUAUUUAGAUGAAAAUUCAAAUCAAAAUGGAUCCCUCAUUACACGUCCCUCACAAAGCUGCACCAGUCUCCCACAAUCCAUUUUUAACAGCAGUGACAUCAGUGAUGAAAAAUCGUGCCCUAACCAGAUUCCCUCACAGAGCUCAAUUUCCCAACCAACGUCUGACACCAAACUGCUGACCAGCGACACCUCAAACCCGCACAGUGUAAACUCAGAUCUUCCAGAAGCCAACCAGACACAGCAGUCUGUCGAGAGUCUCAUCGAGGAGCUGCUAGAGCAAGCACCAGGGGACCCCCAGCUCCCUCCAGACACCAAUGGUCAGGGCAUCAGCAUUGAGGCCUUCACACAGGAACUGAGAGAGCUAGAGGACAGGGUGAAGGAACGCUGCAGAGCAGCCAGUCUGCAGGAGGAAACGAACAGAGAGUCCCUGACAGCUGAGCGGCCGGAAGAGGAACAGCAGCCGUCCUCGGCCCUGGAGGCAAAGCUGAUAAGUGACACAAAAGUAGAGGGCAAUGUGGUGGGCCUUUAUAAUCCCGCCAGACCAUUAAACCAGCCGGCCUCUCAGCCAUACACAGGUCCAUUUAUGGUGGUUCUGUUUGCCAAGCUGGAAAACAUGCUCCAGAACUCACUUUAUGUCAACAUCCUGCUCACGGGCAUCGUGGCCCAGCUGGCCUGCUACCCUCAGCCCCUCCUGCGGUCCUUCCUGCUCAACACCAAUAUGGUCUUCCAGCCCAGUGUCAAGUCACUGAUCCAGGUUCUCGGUUCUGUGAAGAAUCGCAUUGAGGCGUUUGCAGCUUCCCAUGAGGACUUCCCUGCCAUGCUGAAGAAAGCCCAGCAGUACCUGGUGGCCCGAGGCAAAGUGGACUGGACCGACUUGCCUGCAGCCGUUCCCCCCCUGCGCCGCUCAGAUUCAUUAGUGAAGAGUCGUAAGCCAUCUCUCGGAGACCUGAUCCUUCGUCACACCAACAGUCCGACUCGGGCCCGGAAUGCCGCUCAGCUGGCCCUGGCACACGUACGGGAUGGCAGCCAAUCACUGACUAGCGCACUGUUCCGGGGCAGUGGAGGGUCAUCAGGCCUGGAGAAGCAAGCCGAGGCACUGCGAGUGAAGAACGCCGUCUACUGCGCCGUCAUCUUUUGUGAGUUCCUUAAGGAGCUGGCUGCCCUGGCUCAAGAGCACGCCGUCACCCUGCCCUUCCCGCAGAGCCAGGAGGUGGAGGAAUAGACGGUAAACACAGACUCCUGAAAUCUAGCUCUUAGCCUCAAUUUCUUUUUGUCUAGGCUGUAAAAUAAGAGUUGUAUAGGAUUCACCCAUCACCAGAGGACAUACUGGAGCACUAAGACUGUUCAGUCACUGAUGAGGUCGUCUACAAUGUCACAGAGGGAAACAGUGGCAAAUUUUGUACCAAAAUCAUUAUAGGAAACCUAUAGGACAAGAAUCACUGUCCUCAUCUUUAAAGGAAUGAUAGUGUGCAUAUCAUGUAUUAUAUUUACAUUCUAUACACACAAAAAUCUCUUGAGAUUUGGGAGCUUGUACAUACACAUACCAUGUCAUGGUAUAAAAGCCUCAGAUAAAGAAAUAGGUGCACAUACUGGUGCUAGUCAGUGCUCUAUAUUUUAAGAUGAAAGGUGCUUUCAGGCGGCACAGAGGAGACAAGGGUUUUAUCCUCAACAAAAUUAUCACAAUCACCAAAAAACUGAAAACGUUAUAAGUGUGAGCUACAUGAUGAAAUACAAAGUGAACCACUCAGCUUCUCUGCCUCCAUCAAGGACAGGCCAAAAGAGAACGAUCGCAGAAAAAAAGAAACAUUGAAGAAGAACCUCAAGUGUCCAUUUUGUUUCUAAAAGGCUCCACUGCUGCAAAGACUCAAUGAACUGGAAGAGGGGAGGCAAGAGUGCCACUUUCUUCCCUGUGAAUCAGCACGACCAUCACAAAUGUCCUGGAAUUAAUUUUUUAACAUUUUGUUUGAAAUGUGUUUUUCGUUGUACAUUUGCACCAUUUUCUAGACAUAUCAGCAACACGUGGGAGCAGGAGUGACUGUGUUGGUGAACUUGUUUUUAAAAGUGACUCCAUUUUUCGAAAGGUGGCGUUGAGUCAUCAGGCCGUCGCUAAGCCAUUCACCUGUUGCCAUCAAAAAAGGUCAGCGGGAUUGGAAAAGGCAGCGCAGCUUUACAGUGCAUAUCUUUUGAAUGUGUCAUUAAGUGUUUUCAUCAGACCUUAGAGUCAAGGAGAAAAGGGCGAGAAGGGAAGGAUUUUGUUUUUUUUCUUGAUGAUUUCCAUUUACUUUGAACUGACAGGAAAAGGUCCUCCUGAGGCAUUCAUGGCUUUUCUUUAAACAGAUCUUUUGUCUGAGCGAAGAAUUAAGCCUGAAACAUGCUUCUGCGUUUUCACGGGCCCGUAAGCGCAAGAGCCCUUCAGGGUCCCUUACGUGCUUAUGUAUCCCUCCUUACGUGCUGACGGGUGUCGACCCCCUUUUCUAAAAUUUACGGCAAAGCUCCGCAAGCUCACUCAGCCCGCAAGGCUGUGAUUGGUCUGCUCUACAUCCCUUCUGGAGCUGCAUUUCCGGUUUCAUGCCCCAUAAUACCGGCAGAAAUCACGGAAGAUUUAGAAGAACGAAUAUAGACCAAAUAGAAGAGCACUUGGCAGAAGAUAUCCGAUAGUAUGAUCACUUGUAUAACCUGUCACUGACUGGCGGAUUUGUCCGCCAGAAAAAGGCUACGAGGAGCCGCAGUGGCUAUGUAAAUAAACAAUCGACGAAGAAGAAAGAAGGCGUCUCUAAGGUCGUCUUCGACAAAAAGCAUUACUCCGCCUAGUGUUCUGGCGCGGAAUUGCUUUGUAAGACGCGCAACGGUUAGGGAAGCAUGAAUGAAAACGAGUCUUGCGCCACAGCGGCGUGAAUAGACGCAGACGCAGAAUCAUGUUUCAGGCUUUAGGCUCCAUAAGAAGCUAAUUUCAUGUCCUUUUUCAGGUCCCGGUUUUAAUCUGCUUCAAAAUGUUUUGUCUCUUCGGAUGAGACAGGCCAAACUGAACAUACAAGCGUUCAUCUUGAAAUAUAACAUGCUGCUAUUUUUCUUUUUUUAAACACUCGCACCCAGUUCCGUUUGAAUUAUACUUUCACUUCAUCUCAUUGUUAGGUACCAAGUAUUAAAUGUGUGUAGAAGAUGGUUCAGUGCCUGUGAUGUGAGCGGCUUUUUUUUAUUUAUUAUCUUGUGUCAGAGAUUGAAUGAAGUUGCAGUCGACGUGUUAAAAGAUUUUACCAAGUUAAAAUGUCCUCUUUCAACGUGGGGACUUUUGUAAGAGUCGGUGAUACAUUUUUACAGGUCUGUAAUUUUUCUAGAAGAUUAUCAAGAAAUAACCUGUCGAAUGAAGCACGAUACCGUUGUGAGUGCAUUGUUGAAUCCAACUGCCCAUGGCCCAGCUUUUUGUGAAGUAACUUGUUUUUUUGCACAUACUCGCCAUCCUCCCUCAACUUUCAGCAGCGGAUAAACUGCCUGCAAAGUCUUAAUCUCUGAAACUGAUUACCACAUAAUUUUUUCACAGAUGUCGUCUUUCUCAACAAGUCGAAGCCGCCUCGACUUGUCAAAGCCAUAGCCGUGAUCUUCCUGUUUGUACAUGUAGUUCUUCAUACCUUUUCUACACAAUUUCUAGACACAUUUUGUAACCCCCCCAUGUUUAUUUCCAUACAUACCAUUAGUUAGGAGUCUCUGCAUGCCUGUUAAGACCAGGUUUAUGAUUAAAUAAUGGAUUAAAUAGCGUAGGGUAAGUUUUCUUUGGUUUGUGCAAUAGUGCCGAGCUUACGCUAGCCUCCAUGCAGUAGUUUUUUCUUAGUGGUUUUAGUGAGUCAUCCGGGUGCCUGCAGAGAUCAACAGCGAUGAACAUGUUUCCCACUGAAUAUUUGCUCUAUAAUCAAAUUGGUAGAGAAAUCGCUUCUAUAUUUUACCCGCUGCCUUCUGUCCUUCCAUCUGUUCACCAAGUCUGUUGUUCAUCCACGUGUUCAGAACAAGAUUCAUUUUCCCCUCGAAGGUGGCGCAGAUAACAAAGUUUCCUACUUUUACAUUCAACAGUUGUGUUUUAAAAAAAUUCAUGAAGCACUAUUUAUACGUUGAAAAGCUGCAGCUAGUAGAGCGUUGAUCUCUGCCAAGGCCCAACAGUCCUCUUAUGAAAACACUUAAGUUAACUGGAUCUGGAUUUUUUUGGGGACCCUAAACAUACUAUCCGGCAAUGUUAAAGAAAGCGCCCCUUUGUCCAGAUCUGUGACUAAAUUAAAUAGGUUCCUUUUUAACCUAUGUCCCAUCGUUUCAAAUAGUUUCAUGGAAAUCCAUUUAGUAAUUUUUUCUAAAGGAGAUUAUUUCUACUCGGGAUUUGUCAGACGAAAGCAGAACGUAAUAUAGAAAAUCAAAAUUCACACAGUGAAAUAACUACCUAACUGACACUGUUUUUAAAUUGGCAUUUGACGGAAAGGGGUUUAGAUUAUUUUUAAAGCAGCAACUAUCGCAGCUGGACGCUGAAGCCAAAGCAGCCAUUUAUAUUUGCUGUUCUUCAAAUUGCCAUAAGAAAACAAAAAUCGCAUUGUCAUGAAUUGACAGAGAAAACCAAACUAAUGAUACCAACUCAAUUAAAAGUUGAACAUAAUAUAUAGCCUGUGUACCACAACAUGUUAGGGCCUCAAAAUGUGUAGAGUCAUAUUUUUGAACACAAUGAUUUGAAUAACAUGCGUCUCAUUCAGUUGCUGUUUAUCGAAGACCGAAACUGCCAUUUGUUUUAAUAAAUAAAUAAAUAUGAUUUGAAUUCAUGAAUUUAGAAACAUUUAUAAAUGAAUUCAGAAGUGAAGAAAAGCAUAAAUAAAUAAAGGCAUAAACAUUUAUAGCCAUUUUCCUCGGAAGCCUUUUGAAUUCACUUGAGAGAAAAAAUCUUUCCUGUUUCUGUUUUUAUGAAUUAACGAGAUAGUUAAAUCAUUAAUUAGCUUCUGUAUUUUUUAUCACCCAACUGUAUUAAUUUGUAUUUUACUUUUUUAUCUGCAUUUAUUAUAUUUUUUUUAAAUAUAUAGAAAAUAUAUUUAUUAAAAAUUUUGGCAGUUUAGAUUUUCCACAGUAGUUUCCUCACCUCAUCUACACUCAAAACUCCAAAUCAUCUGCUUGAUAAAAAUGUUGAUUAAAAAGAAAAAAUGUAUUUCAUCAUGUUUUAACUGACAACGUUGGUGCAGAAUGUUAAACCCAAAGCUACGUUUAAAAAAAAAUCAUGUCCGUUUUCUCCCGUUGUCUUCAGACAGAUUUACUUGAACAUUACAAAUUUUCUGUCACUUAAAGAUGAAUUCUGUCGGAUGAAUAUUUAAAUAUUUUAUUUUGUUGCAUUUCAAUUCAUAGCAUUUUUAUUUUGAGUUGCUGUGUUGUGUUUAUUCAAGGGUACAUGGAAACACACUGCAAACAUAAAACCAAAGUGUAAAACUGUCACUUAAUAUAGAAGUAAAACCAACAGCGACACAACUUAAAAGCAGCGGAGCUUCAAGUAGCAAAGCUGCAAGGCCCUUUAACUUUAAACGCACAUAUCAUUCAUUUCAGCAACUCACUUUUUCACUUCAACUAGAAACUAGAAUCUUUACUCACUCCUGAUCUCUUAGUGUCAGCAACACUAUGUGCCAUGUUUUUAGAAUUUUUAUUUAAUACAAGGAUUUGUAUUGCUUAUCAUGGGAUGUACUACAUCUUCAUUAGUUUUUCUUUCUUUCUUUCUUUCUUUGGAAAGCUUUGACUUUUCACUAAUAUUUCUCCCCUGUGAUCUAUGCAAACAUGCUCUAAUGUCCCCUGGUUGAAUCUGAGAUGAUGAUUUAAUGUGUAAAUACUGUAAAAAUGGGGAAAAAAAGCAAUGGGUCAGAAAUGUAGAGGUGUGUGAAAUAAUCAACGGGUCAGACUGAAAAUCACGCUAAAAUAAUGUAAUGAUAUUGAAUGUUGUCAGAAAUAUUUUUCUAUAUUUUGAAAUCAUUAGAAAAAAGGACAAAAUACAAAGUGGGAUAAGCUGUCAGAAGAACACUACAAAGGGAAUGUUUUUAUUAAUUUAUAAAUUCUUUGCCUAGCAAUA